AUGAACUCUACGCAGGUUUCAUAUUUCACAUUUGCUGCCUACUUAGACACAGGACCUUUUAAGUACUUAUAUUUUAUGAUUGUCAUGGCUUUAUAUAUUUUCAUUGUCACUGUAAAUGCCUUGCUGAUUGUGGUUAUCUGUAUGAACAGGAGCUUACAUGAACCUAUGUACAUUUUUCUGUGCAGCCUUUUUGUAAAUAAUCUGUAUGGUAGUACAGGGUUGUUUCCAUUCCUUCUGGUUCAGAUCCUCUCUGACAUUCACACUGUUUCUGCUCCCUUCUGUUUCCUCCAGAUUUAUUGUGUACACACUUAUGGAGCUGUUGAAUAUUUAAACUUAGCCGCCAUGUCUUAUGACAGAUAUCUUGCUAUCUGUUAUCCUCUACAAUAUAUCACUCGUAUGACAUCUAAAAAGAUUGCCACUCUUAUUGCUCUAACAUGGUUAUACCCUUUGAUUGCAUGUAUUGUUUAUAGUAUAUAUUUGCACUCCCAUUCCCGGCUCUGUGGGAACGUCAUUAACAAAGUUUAUUGUGACGGCCACUCUAUUGUGAAGCUGGCCUGCUCAGAUUCACAUAUAGUUAAUGCAUUGGGGCUUAUUUUAUCUUUUGGUGUAAUCUUUGGGUCUUUAAUUGUUAUUGUUUACACUUACAUGAAUAUUUUUAAAGUAUGUUUUGAUGGUUCCAAACAGACCAGACAGAAAGCUGUCAGUACCUGCACACCUCACCUCAUUUCACUCUUAAACUUUUCUGUCGGGGCCAGCUUUGAAUUAUUACAGAGCAGGUUUAAUUUGAGCAAUGUAACCAUUAUAAUGCGAAUAUUUUUAUCGGUAUAUUUUCUUACAUUCCCGCCACUCUUCAACCCUGUAAUGUAUGGCCUCAAAAUGUCCAAAAUCCGUGUCAUAGGCAAAAGUCUGAUGGCAAAUGUAGGCUAUUAA